UGCUAUACAGGUGGUACAUUGUGUUUGAUGCAUUUGGCUGCAUAACAUACAGAAGGCAGUUUUAGUCAACAUACAGAAGACUAAACCUUAAAGAAUAAUAUUCCAUUAAAUAGCAAGGACGUUACCAAUUCUUGUUUCUACGUUAUUUUGAUCUGUUUGAAGACAGUCAAGGUCGUCUUAAUAACAACGCAAUAAUAAUAUGAAGUUAGUCCGACACCGGCCUUGUUUAGAACAAAUGGUUUUAAAUGAUAGGCCGAUAAUUAUGGAAUAAAGAAGAAAUUAGUUUAUUGUGAAAGCUGAUAUCGGAACAAUGGAAUCCCAGAAACAUCCUGUGACUUUAUACAAACGAUGCCUGUUCGCUGUGGCAGAAAAUCUAGUGAUUUUUGGAAGAGACCUCAAGAGUUUUCCAGUACAACAAGUCUGUGAUGUUUAUGAACAGGUAUGCAAAGGAAACAAAAUUGAAGAUCUCUCAAUACAGUUAUCAGAUAUUCAGCACUUUUUGAGAAUUUUAAAAUCAAAUGCUUCUAACUGGAACACCUUGUUUGAAUGUGUGCAGAUGGUUUUGGUUGAGAAACAAGACUUUGGAAAGUUACUAUCUACUUCAUCAAUCACCGAAGUAACCAAUGAUGUGAAGGAGUGUCUGCUUAGUAAAAUCAAAGACUGUAUAUUAAUGAGUAUAUUCUUUGCGGAGUGUGGUCUGUUUGAAAGUGCAAGUAUUUGCUUGUCAUGUGUAAAGAUUCUACAAGAAAGCGAAGAUACUGAAAUGUUAGAAAUGGCAACUGAAUUAUGGACAAGACUUGCACUUGUGUACACUGCUGACUGCAAGUUUCCUGAAGCAAAUUAUGCUUUGAAUGCUGCCGAAAAAAUCAUCCAGCAAAUCACUUGUCAGGAGAACAACAAUGUAAUCAGCAAAUCAAUGUUUUACACUGCAAGGAGUUCUCACCUUUAUGCCCUUUCAAGAUACAUUGAGGCGCAUGAAUCAGCUAUUCAAGCAGUUGCUGAAUUAUCUCCAAAACUCCCAUACAAGGUUGUCGUUGACUCACUGAGGCAGGCAGCAAAAACAAGUAUAAUAAAGAGGAUGUUUAAACAAGCUGGCCUGCUGGUAAAAUAUGCAGUUCAGCUUACCAGACAGGUGUUUGGUGAAUGUCACCCUAAAUACGCCGAGUGUCUCACGGACUAUGGCUUCUAUUUAUUGAAUGUUGAUGCCGUUGCAGCAUCAGUUGAUGCAUAUCAGGCAGCUUUAGAGAUACGAAGAAAAGUUUUUGGUCUUAACAAUAUUCUGACUGCGGGCAGCCACGAGGAUUUAGCUUACGCGCUCUAUGUCAGGGAUUACAGUUCAGGAAAUUUUCACAAGGCGAGAGAACACGCCGAAGUUGCCAUUAGAACAUUUACAAAAGUUUUGGAGCCCGAGCACUUGUUGCUUGCAUCGUCAAAGCGAGUUAAGGCAUUGAUAUUAGAAGAGGUUGCCAUAGACAGUUUUGAUAUGCUCAAAAGAGACAAAUUGUUAGCUGAAGCAGAAGAAUUACAUCUUGAAUCUUUAAAACUAGCCAGAAAUUCCUUUGGUGAGAGCAAUGUCCAGACCGCGAAGCAUUACGGAAACCUUGGUAGACUUUAUCAAUCGAUGAAAAGAUACAAGGAAGCUGAGCAAAUGCAUUUGAGAGCCAUACAAAUUAAAGAAAGCCUUCUUGGAAAAGAGGACUACGAAGUGGCUCUAUCACUGGGGCAUCUAGCCUCCUUGUACAAUUACGAUAUGGCAGAAUACGAAAAAGCAGAGCAGCUUUACAUAAAAUCAAUUCGAAUAGGCUGUCACUUAUUUGGAGAAUGUUACAGCGGUCUGGAAUAUGACUACAGAGGACUGAUAAACUUGUAUGCAAACACGGGAAAUUAUGUAGAAAUGGCAAGAUAUCACUUGGUGUUAGCAGACUGGCAAGAACUUAGAAAGAAUGUCAAUAAACCGCCUAUCAUUGAACAAGUAGAUCAAGAUCAACCAGUAUGCUUAAACGACUUUAUAAAAACGUUUCAGAUUCAUAGCUGAUAGCAAAUAACUAUAAAUAGAAAUUGUGUAUAAUUUAAAUUCCAAUUUGCCAAAUGAUUUUGAUUAGUUGUUAAUGUUCAAAAGCAAAGAAAACCUCAGAAUGUAGAUAGUUUUGUUAUAAAAUUUUGGUUGUUUGGGUUUUGCCUUGUUUUACCCAUAGGUCACAAACUUGAAAGUUGACAUGAUUUGUUUUGUGCCUGUUUCAAUACAGCCCACUAUAGCAGUUACAUCUGAGUUUAUUUGACAAAAAGAAUGAAAAUUAGGCAUGCAGCCAAGCGUGCAUGGAUGCAAAUGUUAGAUUAGUUCCUGUAUAUAUUAUAGUUAAUAAGGAUGAGAAUUAAGAGCUCUGUUUCAAUAAUGUAAUUAGAAAAGAUCAACAGGCAGACAAACAAUAAGGGUAGAACAGAACAAUCACUGGUGAUGUCCUUAUAUGAAGGACAAAACUCCUUUGAAGUGGAAUUGAAUCAUUAUAGAAAGGAAAAUCAAUAACAGAAAUGUUACCUCAAACUAAGCUUUCCACUCAGUUUACUGAUAAUAUAAUGAUGAGGUCAUCAUGAGCUGUGUCUAAAUUUAUUUCUACCUUACACACAAAGAAUAAUAUAUAUUUGAACAUAGCAUGGAAAAGCAGAAACUGAGCAUACUUGUGCUUUUCCAUAUUAUCCUCAAAUUCUGUUGUACCAGAGGUUUAUUUAGUCAAAUGAGUAUGCCUGUCCUGAUCUUGUUCAUUUAGCAUCAUUCCUGAUCUGACGUCUUCUCUUUGCUGUUUUUUGAGUAAUGUUAAUUUUGUUACCAAUUAGUUAUAUUGUCAAAUAUCUGUAUAUUAUCAGGUAAUGUAAAUUAACAAAGACAUUGUAUUGAAAAAAAUUGUUGACUUAAAAGAAACAUCUUUUUGUGUUAUGAUCAGUACACAGAAGAACCUCUGCUAUUUUCACAAAUUGAGAAGUCAAGUAUAACAGAAUUAUGAACAUGGCUGUUGCUGUAUUUCGACAUUUUAUGUCUCUGAUAUCAUUACUGCAUAAUGAUAAUGUGAAUAUUAAACUUGAAUUCAGAUGAUGAGACUUCUAUGGCUCAUGACAAUUUAACUUACAUUAAGUACAACAGAUUCUAGUUAAAAUAAAAAUACAUACUAGAAAAACUAAACUCUAUAAUUUGGUUGCAGUUUCUUUAUCAUAGAUGCAUGUAUAAUUUAUUCUAGAGAUUUCUAUUCAUUAUUAUUCUUCCUCAAAAAACAUCUCAACCAAAUCGCUUUUUGCACAUUCUUCCUCCACAAGUCUUUUUGGCUGUAAAGAAAUAGAUAACAUUUACAAAUGCAUAAAUUUACAGUAGUGUCAAAUAUCAGAAGAAAAUUUUAGGAGUAUAUGGGUUUUGAAAAAACAUUAGAAAUAUAUUGAUAUUUCAGGGAGACACUUAAGGUACUCACUGAGUUCCAUUUGAUCAGUGUUGGUAUGGCCUUCAAUUUCACUUUCUCAUGGGUUCUAAAUUCAUUUUUUGGGUCUUUCCAUCUGCAAAAAAGUUGAAUUACCAUUACCCAUUGCAUGAGAUAUUCCUGGAAUGACUACCAUUACAUUGUGAUGUUAUUUUCACGACUCCAUUGUGACCAGCUUCAUUGGAGCAAGACAGCUGACACCAGCAAACAGGAAAAUAAUUGAGAUAUCAGCUUAGUCUUAUGAGAAUAUUAGGUUUUCAGUAGUGGUCUAUAAUCAAUGAUAAAUGUCAAUUCCCUUAGCUUCAUAUUGCAUGAUGCUGUUAAUCCUAUUGUUGUAACAUGACUAAAAAUAUCAUUUGUUUACAAUUACGACCCAAUUGCAUACUUUUCCAGGCAAGGAAAGAUUUCUUCCAUAAGUAGAAGUUUGAAAUAGAACGAUUUAUGUUUUCAUCAGACUGUAAGUUUUUCGUCUCUAUAAUUAUUACAAGGCGACCCUUACUUGGCACGGUCUCCAACACUACAAAGGAUGAAAACGGCAUUUUGGUCUUUCAUUUUCUGCACACAUGCUUCAACCACAGGUUCAGCUGCAAAAGAAAAAACCAUUUGUACUAGAAACAGGAUUAUAUCCUCCUGAAUUGAAGAUAUUUCGAUAAUCACUCUCUGUAGCAACUAAACUAACAGAACCGAUGCACCUGCUCCAAAACGAUGUCUUGUUUAGGGCGGUGCCUUUGCAUCUUGUAAUAUACAAAGGCAUAAAUAAUUUUUUUAUCAUAAUGUUACAUAUUUGAAUCUAAAAUAUAAAGAAACAGAGCUCGAUUGCUAACAAUUUAAACAAAAGACCAGGAGUACGAAUUUUGUCCACAAAUUUGUCUUCUCGGUUAGGGCAUAAGGUUAGGACUGAUUGAAACUACCUUUUACACAGUCCGGACACCAGCUUUCACCUGAAGCAUCAGGUUCACCGCAGAAGAGUAUGUAGAUGCUCUCUACAUCCUUAUUUUCUUCGACGAGUUUUAGAAGAUCGGAUACUCCAGAACAACCAAGCUGCUUCGUCUGGGCAGCCAUCUUCUGUUAUCUUCACCACCAAGCACAAA